CGUCUGUUUAGUUGAUUUCUCUAAGUCAAAAAGAUUUUCCCAUCGAAUAAGUUGAAAGGGGGCUGAAACGCAGUGAUAACUUUAUUUUGCUAGAUAGGUGCUGUGAAUCUUGAACAUAGCUGGUGUAGAAGGUUUUAUGACAGUUUCAAGACUUAAGUAAAAGGUGUAUCAGCUGAACGAUAAUACGUUUUUAGUAUAGAAUGGAAGAUGGGCUUUCAAGCUUCUGGGGUCCUGUUACAUCCACCGACCGGUGUGAGAAAAACUACGUUCACUCAUCUUACAUUGCGGAGUUUUUCAACACUAUAUCCAAUGUCCCGGGCAUUCUUUUAGCACUCAUUGGCCUUAUAAAUGCCUUAAGACAACGAUUUGAGAAGAGGUUUAGUGUCCUUCACAUAUCUAACGUGAUACUCUCCAUUGGGAGCAUGAUAUACCACUCCACACUGCAACGUCUGCAACAGCAAGGUGAUGAAACUCCAAUGGUGUGGGAAGUACUUCUAUAUUUUUACAUCCUCUACUCACCGGAUUGGCACUAUCGGAGUACAAUGCCUACUUUCCUGUUCUUUUACGGAGUAGGAUUUGCAGUAGUCCACGCGCUCUUCCGAUUCGGAAUUGGCUUUAAGGUGCACUACGUCAUUCUUUGCCUUAUCUGCAUCCCUCGCAUGUACAAAUACUAUAUCUACACGAAAGAUGCCACUGCGAAACGACUCGCAAAGUUAUAUAUAGCGACUCUGCUCCUCGGAAGCAUAUGUGGGGUUUCGGACCGGGUAUUCUGCAAGCAGAUAUCUAAUUGGUACUUCAACCCUCAGGGCCAUGCCCUAUGGCAUGUCUUCAUGGGCUUCAACUCGUAUUUCGCCAACACAUUCUUGAUGUUUUGCCGCGCGCAGCAGCGAGAAUGGGAUCCGAAAAUCGUCCACUUCUUGGGUGUUCUCCCUUAUGUCAAGAUUCAAAAACCAAAGAGCCAGUGAAAA